AGGGGCUAGAGGUGGAAGUGGAAAUCUGAUAGGAAACUAGCACCUCAUCUUUGACUUCCUUUUAAAUCCUAAGAGACUAGGGUGUUAACUUGAUCUCUUGGGAAAGUUGUCUAGCCCUGAUCUACCCAAAGUUUUUCCUUGCUGACUUUACUGGAGCUGUUUCUUCAUCUACCAGCAUAUUCUGGUGUAGAAUCUCGGUGGAGGUAAACACAGCAGGAAAGUCCUUUGAGAGAAAGCCAGUCACAGCCUUGGAACCAACUUGCAUACCCUCAGCUUCUCUGCCAUGUCUGACUCUUCCCUGAUAUACUGCAGCUGCUGGGACCCUCGGAACUUGGGACCGAGGAAGCUCGUUAAGACUUCCCCAUUCUCGCUCCCUAGAAGGAAACCCAAAUUAAGCCCUUUAUCGUCUGCCUUGAAGGAGCGAAAUUACUUCCUGCCACCACAAAUUAAACCCCUCGGUGGCCCAAGAGGACAGGUGCUCUUCAGAAAGAAAACAUUGCAAAAAGAAAAGAAAGCCCCUGAAGACACAAUAAAGAUCUCUCCUGGAUUUACCUACUCUCGAAGUGAUGAAGAAAUUUCAGUUAUACUGGGAGAUGAGAUGUUUGAAAGGUCAAAAAAGUCUAAAGAAGAGAAUAUGGUCAAGCGUGUACUGCCCAGGACAGAUGUCAUUGCGGACUUAGAAAAUCAGAUCACAGAGCUAACCACAGUGAUAGAGCAAAUGAGCAGAGAUCAUCAAAGUACUCAGAAACUGCUCACAGAUGAAAUGGAACACCGAUACAAUGAUCUCCACAAAGAAUAUGAAAACAGCAAGAGAGAACUCAAGGAGGCUCAUGAUAAAGAACUGGCUGCUUUGGAGGAAAAGUAUAAAACAACCAUGAAGACAGAGAAGAGUGUCGCCCAAGGAAAGCUAGAGAGUAUGGUGAAGGAGUACAAGUAUUUGAAGAAUAUGUUCCGAAUGUACCAGGACAGUAUCUCAGAUGAAAUGGAGGAGAAGUGGUCGAGGAGGAAGGUUGAAUGGGAGAAGAAUGAGAAAACGGAACGAGAAAAAAUCCUAUUACAGCAAAAAUACAGACUAACAAAGAAGUUUGAGGUGGAUGUAGAGGAAGAAAAAAGAAGAAUAGAGGAACUCCAUAUUCAAGCCUGUGAAAAGUUCAAUGAGGAGAAAGAGGCAUUCAUAAAACAACAUGAAAUUGAUAUGUUGAAUUUGGAAGAGCUGCAGAAGGCCAAGGAGGCUGUGGAGGAAGAAUUGCAGGCACAGUCUCUUAUUUUAGAAUCACUGAACACAUCGUUAUACCAGAGUCAAGUGGACCUCCAGAAAGAGAAAAACCAUGCAAUUAACCUGGAGCAGCUCCUCCAACGGAAGCUUACCGAAGUUGAAGAAAAGUACAAACAUACAAUACAGAACCUGACAGAGGAAAAUCUAGACCUGAGGCAUAUGCUAAUCUUAAAGAAUGAAGAGCUUUUGGCAGAAAGAAACAAGAGAAAUACCAGGGAAGAAUCUUUUGUCUACCAUGACUUACUUACUGAGAAUGAAACUGUAGACCCAGAACAAGGAAGUUGACUGUCUCCCAGGGCCUGGAGAAUUCACGUGAAGAACUUCCUUUCAGGCUUGCCUGUGACUUGUUCAGUUCUUGGGCUACUGUAUUUUUGUUUUUGUUUUCACAACUUAACUUUAUCCAGAGUUGUUGGAAACAUAAAUGUCAUCGAGCCAAGAUUUUCUUUCCCCAUCUAUCCCCACUUUAAGAUAAUCUAUGAACCUUACUGUUCAUUUGAUUUUCUGCCUGAGUAUGGCUGAACAUUUUGAUGAUUAUAACACAAGGAAUGUUUUCCCUUAGCC